AUGGAGGUGGAGGAUGAGCCGCUGCUGUUUCAGACCAGCUGGGGAAGGGAGGAGGAGGAGGAGGCCGAGGAGGAGGAUAAGGAGGAAGAGGAUGGAGUAGCACACACAGCAGGACAGAGCUGUUUGUCUGGGGAUGUGGGGGUGUGUGGAUUGUGGAGGAUGGUGGCGUGGGUUUACACACAGCCCUGGGCCAGUGGGGUGGUUUUAGGGGUAGUUGUCCUGCUACCAUGUGCCCUGUUUGCCUACAUGCUCCUCUACUGCCCUCCUCUGGACAUAGACCUCUCCUACAGUGCCUUCGAGGUUCACAGUCACUUCUCUGCCGAGCGCUUUGAUGCCCUCACCAUUGCUGUGAAGACUCAGCUGGGCUCCUGGGACAGACGUAGGCGAGACUUAGAUAACAGUGAGUCUGAGGCCUUGCUUGAACUUCUGCUGGAGAAGCUGGGCAAACAGGGAGUGUUCAACAGGACAGAUAAUGAGGAUGUGAGGUUCUCCACUCAUCAAAAUGACCCUUUACAAGCAGCAGAUGAUCAGAAGGCAGGUGCUGCAGUGAGCACAGAUAAAAGGACAGCGUCUGAUUUGGGUCAGAAGGAAAUGGAGAAGCACAAGAGCUCAGAUUACAGAGCGGAGGAGGAAGAGGAGAGAUCAUGGGACAGAAAUUCUACUUUGUCGCUCAUUAGGAGGCGCAGGUUUGCUCCCAAUUAUUACCUGCAGAGCCAGGCUCUGUGGAGGAUUGAGCUGGUGUUUGUAGCUCAAGGGGAGGGCGAUCGCAACAUCUUCACCCCAGAACGUCUGCAGACGAUCCACCAUGUGGAGCAUCUGCUCAUGCAGCACCCACAGUUUCAUCAGUUCUGCUGGAAACCGCUGGAAGUGCUGAGGGAUCUGCCACUGGGACCAUCCUACUGCUCCCCACCCAGCUCAGUCCUGUCUUACCUCUACCCCAGUGAGAGAGGAGGGAAGAUAUAUUAUGAUGGCAUGGGCCCAGACCUGGCCGACAUUCAAGGUUCCCUGAGUCUGGCCAUCACCCACCCACAGUUCUACUGGUACGUGGAUGAGAGUCUGUCCCCUGAGCAUCUCUCCUCCUCUCUCCUCCGCAGCGAGAUUCACUUCGGAGCUCCUCUGCCAUCCUACUACUCCCUGCAGGACCGAGCAGACGAGCAGAGAGCACGCUUCAAAAACUUUGUGGUUCAGUAUGCGGACAUCUUGGCCAAGCAAUCCACCAGCCAGGUGAAGGUGCUGUAUGGGGGAACAGAGCUGUUUGACGAUGAAGUGAGGCACACCUUCCACAAUGACAUGAUGCUGGCUGUCAUCAGUGGAGCCUGCAUUACUGUGCUUGUCUAUGUCCUUACCUCCUUUUCUGUCUUUCUGACUUUCUUCGGGCUGGCGAGCAUUGGACUGAGCUGCUUGAUGGCUCUUUUCUUAUACCAUGUUGUCUUUGGUGUGAGGUAUCUGGGCAUUCUCAAUGGAGUGGCAGCCUUUGUUAUUAUCGGUAUUGGGGUGGAUGAUGUAUUUGUGUUCAUCAGCACCUUCAGACAGGCUGCUCAUCUGCGUCAGCCGCAGCAGCGGAUGAUCUACACAAUUAAAACAGCUGGCCGAGCUACUUUCCUCACCUCCUUCACUACUGCGGCUGCCUAUGCUGCGAACACCUUCUCUCAGAUCCCAGCCGUGCAUGACUUUGGCCUAUUCAUGGCCCUCAUUGUCAGCUGCUGCUGGCUUUGGGUAUCCAUCCUGAUGCCAGCCGCCCUGUGUGUCUGGACUCAGUGCGUGGAGCCUCGCAAACACGCCUGGUUGAAGUGCUGGAAGUUGUUUUCGGGCCUGUCAGCGAGCCACAGCCCUUUGUCAGAUGAGGAUGAUGAUGUGGCACUUCUGUCAGUGGAGAUAGAGCCAGACUCCUGUGACACAGAUGGCGAUGCGGCCAUUCUGUCCCUGUCAGUGGAGACACCUCUGUCCCCUCCAGGACAGCAGCAUGUGGGGGUGGUGAGCACGAAUCUCCAGUGGGCCCUGAAGCAUUUAGUGGCAGAGCCAGUUGUGGAGCGACGAAAAGCCAUCCUAGGUGUCUUUCUCCUGAUCUUGCUGUUAUCUGCUGGGUGCUGCUGUCUCCUGAGGCCGGCCACUCACGCCCCGCUACUUUUCCGCCCGGACACAAACCUCCAGACUCUGUUGGCUCUAAGGAGCAACCUCAGUGGUCAAGGCAUCUCCUGUCCCAUGUGCUCAGGUGUGUUCAUGGAGAAGCCCCACUCUUUGUACUCCCACACUUCCUUAUCAUCAUUUAAGUUCUCUACACAUCAGCAGACCCCAAGCUCAACAACCUCCUCUGCUCCUCGGAGCUCGGCAAAACCAAAUUCAGGCACCAGCCAAACAGGCUCUUUGCUAACAGUGUACGUAUCAAAGCUGGACCUUGGAGUCUCUACAACACUUUACCGUUUCUCCCUCAACACCAGCACUCCCUCCCCAUGGAAACUAUGCAGCACAGAGCAUGAAGAGGUGUCGUCAUUUCAGGCUUAUAAUCAGCCCCACAGUAAUUACACCACCAGAAUGACAGUGUGUGUUUCCCAUGUGUACCACCCGUACCCCAGCUGGAUGAUCACAUCUGGCUCAUGCGAGCCCCAUCAUGUCUGGACGCCAGAGUUUUCCUUUUAUGUAGCAAUGUCUCCGCAGCAGCAGCACAGCAGGAGGCUGUACUUUGCACAGCACCGCCUGAGACCUCAUCCCAGCAGAGUGUGUGUCAGCCCGCGUGGCUGCGGCAUCAGUUCUGGGCCUGAUGGACCCACACAGGGAGCCUUUUAUACUCCUCUUCCUAGUGAUCCUCAGUCUGCUGCCAAAACGAAACCAUCCAAAACGUUUGGCUUCAACCCAUGCAGUGGUGGUGUGUGUGGCCACCCAGCGGUGCGUCCCCUGGUCGACACCGGGGCCAUGGUUUUUGUCGUUUUUGGGAUCCUGGGAGUCAACCGAACUACACACAAGGACAACCAUGUUAUUGGAGAUAUGGGUAGCAUUAUAUUGGAUCCAGACUUUGAUAUUUUCCAGGAGAUGGGGCAUCUCUGCAAAAUCUGUAAAGCUGUUAGUGCCAACAAACAACUUGUGAAGCCAGGAGGAGCACAGUGCUUGCCUUCAGGCAACAAACUUUCUUCUAUUCUGCCUCUGCUCCAUCCUGAGUGUCAUUCUCUCCCUGAACCCAACCUGCUCCCGGGGCAGCUCUCCCACGGAGCAGUGGGAAUGCACGGAGGCAAGGUCCGCUGGCUGUCUAUGGCCUUUGAGUCUACCACGUACAAGGGGAAAUCCUCCUUUCAGACCUAUUCUGACUUCCUACAGUGGGAGAACUUCAUCCAGGAGCAACUCGCCAGCCUACCACAGUCUUCCGCUCUGCAACGAGGUUUCCAGACCUGUGAGCACUGGAAGCAGAUCUUCAUGGAAAUCAUAGGUGUGGAGAGUGCCCUGUGGAGUCUGCUGCUGUCUCUGGCCAUCUGUGUGGCAGCUGUGUCUGUCUUUACUGCACAUCCUCUGCUGCUGCUGCCAGUGCUCAUAACCAUUCUAGGAGUGAUUUGUCUGGUGGUGGCGAUCAUGUAUUGGCUGGGCUGGGAGAUGGGAGCAGUGGAGGCCAUUUCUCUGUCUAUACUUGUGGGGUCUUCAGUGGAUUAUUGUCUGCACUUGGUGGAGGGAUACCUGCUGGCUGGGGAGACCAUGCCCUCUACUCCCAGUCAUAACUCGCAGCCUCUGGCUGAGAGGCAGAGGCGGACACUGGAGGCAGUGAACCAUGUGGGCGUUGCCAUAGUGUCCAGCGCCGUCACCACGGUGAUCUCCACAGUCCCUCUCUUCUUCUGUGUCAUUGUGCCUUUCGCCAAGUUCGGCCAGAUAGUGGCCAUUAACACCGCCGUCUCCAUUUUGUUCACCCUGACUGUGACUGUGGCCAUGUUGGCGUGCAUGGCCCCCUCCCGCUUCAGCAGGCCCCCCAGUGCGGUGCUGAAGGCCAGCCUGGCUGUGAUGGCGGCUGCAGCCUUAGGAGCAGCUCUGUGCUGGGUGGGAGGACAGCUGGGAACGUUGGCCUGGCAAUCAGUCAGCACGUAA